AUGGACGUUGAGCAGGUCGAUCUUUCCCGUGGUUGGCCCAACCCCGCCUUGCUGCCCACGACGGCCUUGGCUGAGGCCUCUGCGAAAGUGUUGGCCACCCCGGCCAUUUGGACACCGGCCUUGAUGUAUGGCCCUGAUGAAGGGUACCAGCCGUUGCGCGAACACAUCGCUCGCUGGCUAACGACGUUCUACCAGCCACGCGACCGCAUCACUCCCGAACGCAUUUGCAUCACGGGUGGCGCCAGUCAGAAUGUAGCCUGUAUUCUGCAGGUCUUUACUGAUCCUGUCUACACACGCAAUGUUUGGAUGGUCGCACCCGCCUAUCAUCUAUCCUUUCGCAUCUUCGAUGAUUCCGGGUUCUCUGGUCGCCUGAGGGCCGUUCCCCAGAGUGAUGCGGGGUUGGAUUUGGCCUAUCUCCGACAGGAGCUGCUUAUUGCCGAGGAGCGGGCAAGGAGGGAAAAUAAUAACGCACCGAACUACAAACCUACUAGGCCAUGGGGUAAAGUCUACAAGCAUGUCAUCUAUGCUACCCCGACUUUCUCCAACCCGUCGACGCUCACCAUGUCCUUGCCUGAUCGGGAGAAUCUGGUUCGUCUUGCGCGAGAAUUUGACGCCUUGAUCAUCGCCGAUGAUGUCUAUGACUUCCUUCAGUGGUCACCAGACCCAGCCAAGACAUUACCGCAGCCCAACAGGGCGCACCUACCCCGUCUGGUGGAUGUGGACCGGUAUCUGGAUGGGGGACCCGGGGAUGACUGGGGUAAUGUGGUGAGCAAUGGAAGUUUCAGCAAGCUGCUCGGACCCGGAAUGCGGACAGGUUGGGCGGAGGCUACCGAGAAGGUAGCGUAUGGUCUGUCACAAGCAGGCUCAAGUCGAUCCGGAGGCGCACCGUCGCAUAUGUGCGCCGCCAUCAUUGCGCAGCUGUUCCCCACGGGGAUUGUACAAGACUUCAUUGGCGAUGUUCUGCAACCGGCGUACGCCCGCCGCUAUCACCGGAUGAUAUCUUCCAUACGUGAGCAUCUUGUUCCCCUCGGCGUGGGGCUCCCUCCAGUUCCUGAUGUGGCAGGGGGAUAUUUUAUUUGGCUCCGGCUCCCACACCCAUUACGGUCCAGCGAGCUUGUACCCAUCGCACUGCGCGAACAGAAUUUGAUCGUAGCAUCUGGUAAUGUCUUUCGGAUAGAUGGAGAUGCGGCAGGAGACAAGAACGACUUUGACGACGGCAUGCGCCUCUGUUUCGCGUGGGAGCGGGAGGACAAACUCGAAGAGGGGGUGCGUCGACUUGCAUCGGUCAUUCGUGAAGCUCUCAAGUAA